GUUCGUUUAAAAAAAAAUUGCCAACACGGCAGCACCCCGAGGCAGAGCGGUCUCCAGGAGCGCUUGUGUUUAGCAGGCAGCAGCUCACCUCUGUCGCCGCUUUCCUCAGCAGGCCCUUUUAGAGGCAGGCCUUCUCUUUCUCUGGCCUUCCCUUUCUUUCUCUGCCGAGUGUCUUCUUCUUCCUCUUGAUCUUCUUCUUCUUUUGUUGUAUGAACUCACCGGCGGCAGAGGUGGGGAUCGAGCAUGCUCUGUCACCAGGAUUUCAAUCCGCAUUUUCAUUCAUAUGUCAUCUUUUAAGUUGUGCUACGUUUUCUUUUGCAGGGCAGAUUUGUCGAUCAAUUUCUUGGCCGGGAGAACCCAUUGUCACUUUUGAAGGAUGGUUCAUUUAUUGAACCGCUUGGCAAUUGCGGACGUAAGGCUAUGCUCUGGUGGCUUCGUGUAGUAGCACGAGCGGACUGUAAAUUCCCUCGAGGGGAGCGCUGGAGGGGAAGAGCAAUACACAGUUUCGACCUUCUUCUUCAUUGACCCACAUGGAGCAGGAGCAAGGGGAGAGAGUGAAGCAAGAAAGAAUUGAUGCUUCUCUUGAAGGAAACACAUUUACAGGCAAGAGAAAGCCACGGUUGAUUGGCCGACUUGGUCUUCUUCUGAUAUCUUACAGUGGCUUGGUCAGUUUGGUUUGCUGUUUGGCAGGUUUUAUUGCCAUACUUCUUUUGCCUGUUUUGGCCAAGAACACAUACAUCUCAGAAAAUGCGCUCAUGCCAGGUUCGGCCAAUCCAGUAUUCUCAUACCAAGAUGUAACAGAAGCAAACAAAUUUAUUGCGGAGCUUUUGCACUGGAAAUCCAAAAAGUAUGGCUCUGGAAUAGGUGUCCCGAGGUUGGUUGCAAAGUACAUGACUUCAACGGGUUCUGAUGUUUAUCAUCAUAGAUUUCAACCAUCAAAAAAGGAGUUUCGUCCAUUGCAAUUCUUUUCAAGAUCCUCUUGUUCUGGAAUGGUUCAUGAUAAUGGCAACUCCUCUUCACCUGCUGUCAAUAUUGUUGGUGUAAUUAGAGCACCCCAAGGCGAUGGAAAGGAAUCUAUUGUGCUGGUGACACCUUACAACCCAGAGGCUAUUAGUGUAACUGAUGCUUUUUCACUGGGACUUGCAUUCUCCAUUUUCUCUCACCUUAGUCAAGUGUCAUGGCUUGCAAAAGAUGUUGUAUGGCUGGCUGCAGAUUCUCGCUAUGGAGAAUACACUUCUGUUGCUUCAUGGCUUAGGGCUUAUUAUGAUCCUUAUUUCUUGUGCAACUCAGGAGAUUAUACUAAAACGAGUACUGGCACUUAUAUUUCUCUUGAAAGAGCUGAGGAAUCUCCUGAAGAGGUAAAUUCAGAAGUCUUUAGAAGAGCUGGAGCUAUAGCUGCUGCUCUUGUGAUUAAAAUAGCAAAUGCAUCCCAAAGUGUCAAAGAUACUGUUCAAAUAUUAGCAGAGGCAUCUAACGGACAGAUGCCAAACCUUGACCUUAUCAAUGUUGUGCAUUACUUGGCUGUUCAUAGGCAAGGUUUAGAUGUGAAAGUUGGCACUGUGUCCUCUUUACUCAAAUCUAUUUGGCUAAAGAUGGUCGGAGAUUUAUUUGAAUGGGUUAGUGAAACAGCAGGAAGUGUAAACCCUCAAUGGAAAUUUGCAAUUCCUGCUUCAGAUUUUCUUGAAGGCACAGCUACUCUUGCAAGUUCAAUGUAUCAACAGGCACUUGGCAUUCCAACAGGACUUCAUGGGGCUUUUAGGGACUACCAGGUUGAUGCAGUAACCCUGGAAAUAUCUCCAAAGACAUCUCUCGAUAAUGACAUGUUGCGGACAGCAUUUAUUCUUAAAAUGGGCAGGCUUGUCGAGGGGACCAUACGUUCGAUAAAUAACCUCCUUGAGAAGUUCCACCAAUCAUUUUUUCUUUACCUGCUUACGGCUCCUAAUAGAUUUGUCUCUGUAGGCGUAUACAUGAUCCCAUUUAUGCUGCUUAUUUUGCCUCUGCCUGUACUUGCUGCUGCACUCUAUCUGGGCAAAUCUUCCAGUGAUUUCUCUAAUGCUGCAAACCUCGUCGACUUUUCUAAGGUAAACAAGAAACAGAGUUUAUCACAUCAUGCAUACGAUCUGGAUCCUUCUUUCUCUUUGCCUUCUUGGCAGUGGGUUAAUGCUGUGAAAAUAGUCUUGCUAGUCCAUGCAUGGGCAGCCAUUGUCUCAGUGCUGCCUUGCCUUCUGGAUCAACUUCCCAACAGAGCACCAACAACCAGUUUUUUUGUCUGGAUUGUUCUUUCUACUUUGCUUUUGCUUUCAACUUGGUAUUCUUGCUCCACCUAUCAAGGCCUUGUGGGGGGUCUUCAGGAAGCUUGUUGCAACAAUUGGGCAGUUCUGAAAGCAGCGACAGUUGGCUUUGCUUCCAUAGGCCUGGGUUUAAUGUCAGUAAUUAAUUUUGCAACAGCUCAAAUUGGAGCCAUGCUUCUAGUUCCCAUGUGCCUGUUCGUUCACCCCAUCAAACAUAUCUGCAAAGCUGUGAAAAUGCGGGCGGCCAUUUUGAUCAUUUCUAAUCUGGUGUUUGGGGUGCUUGGCUUCCCGCCUGCUGCAUUUUUAUUGUUGAAGGGCAUGUCUGAGGGUUUUAGUAACGUCACACCAGGUGAUUUCGUUGAUUGGGUUGAAACUUUAUGGUCAUGGAACAGUGCUACUUAUCUAUACUUAUUUCUCGUCCAGCUUCCUUGUUGGGUGUUGUGCUUAUUUAUUCUCCUGCACAGAUAAUGCUUGAAGUUGGUAAAAUUUGUUGCAUUAAUAGACAGAUCCAGGUAGCUUGCCCACGUUUAAAUGACUGAUCCAGGUAGCUUGUCCACGUCUUGCUGUAUACAAUUGCAUAAUGACUGCGGAAAGAUUUUUGAGAGUUGGUAGUAGUCUGUUCUCAGGAUUCAGAAAGAUACUCCUCUGUCGAGGCAAUCUUCUCAUGAAAAGUCAUCAGCCUACACUUUCGGACAGAGAUUGAAAUGUAUGACAUAGUAGCAUGCAUGAUAUCAACUUAUUUUAAAUUCAGGUUCGAGCUCAAUAAGAUGCAUGUCAUGCAACAUGAACCCUGCAUUUUUUGUGUUUUUUUUGCAUGCACAUACAAACAUUUCUGUGCAAGCUUGUAAUUUUUGACAUACACUUUUAGGGAUAUUUCCUGUGGAAUUAAAAACUGAGCUUAGAUUGCUAUGAAUAAAUUGUUUUUUUCUUUAA